CAUGUGCUUGUCGUGUUUUCUUUUUCCUGUAUGCGCCUUUGUCCCCUCCCCCUGGCCUCUCUCUGUCUGGGUGAGUAAUGAGCCAUGAUAUGGUUGGCCGCUAUCCAAAUGCAGCAUCCUCUGAUUGGUUGUUGCAUGGCUCUUGGGCUCCACGAUUGGACACCUUCUCCUUUGGUGCAUAUUUUACUGAAGCAUAGGAACAGUCUGGAUUUGGAAAACCGAAGCUGGUGAUGCAAGGCAUUCGACCCCCCAUCAUGAACGGGCCCAUGCACCCACGCCCCCUGGUGGCUUUGCUGGAUGGGCGUGACUGCACCGUGGAGAUGCCCAUUCUGAAGGACGUAGCCACCGUGGCCUUCUGUGAUGCCCAGUCCACCCAGGAGAUCCAUGAGAAGGUGCUGAAUGAGGCUGUCGGGGCACUCAUGUACCACACCAUUACACUAACCCGGGAGGACCUGGAGAAGUUCAAAGCGCUCCGGAUAAUCGUCCGGAUCGGCAGUGGGUUCGACAACAUCGACAUCAAGUCCGCGGGAGACUUGGGCAUUGCAGUGUGUAACAUGCCGGCUGCGUCGGUGGAGGAGACAGCAGACUCCACGUUGUGCCACAUCCUGAACCUAUACAGACGGACCACCUGGCUGCACCAGGCCCUGCGUGAGGGCACGCGUGUGCAGAGUGUGGAGCAGAUCCGUGAGGUGGCGUCCGGAGCCGCCCGUAUCCGCGGAGAGACCCUGGGCAUCAUCGGCCUGGGGCGCGUUGGCCAAGCAGUGGCACUGCGAGCCAAAGCCUUUGGCUUCAGUGUGCUCUUCUAUGACCCCUACCUGUCGGAUGGGAUGGAGCGGGCAUUAGGACUGCAGCGUGUCACCACCCUGCAAGACCUCCUCUUCCACAGCGACUGUGUCACUCUCCACUGCAGUCUGAAUGAGCAUAACCACCACCUCAUCAAUGACUUCACCAUCAAACAGAUGCGGCAGGGUGCCUUCCUGGUGAACACAGCUCGGGGGGGGCUAGUGGAUGAGAAGGCUCUGGCCCAGGCUUUGAAAGAGGGGAGGAUACGAGGAGCCGCACUUGAUGUCCAUGAGUCAGAACCCUUCAGUUUCAGCCAGGGCCCCCUGAAAGAUGCACCUAACCUGAUCUGCACCCCCCAUGCUGCCUGGUACAGCGAGCAGGCCUCCAUAGAGAUGCGGGAGGAGGCAGCCAGGGAGAUCCGUAGAGCCGUCACAGGCCGCAUCCCCGACAGUCUGAAGAACUGUGUGAACAAAGACUACCUGAGCCAGGCCACACACUGGGCCAGCAUGGACCCAUCUGCUAUUCAUCCAGAGCUCAAUGGAGCAUACAGGUACCCACCCGGUGUGGUGAGCCUAGCCUCUGGAGGCCUCCCUCCCACUGUGGAAGGAAUCGUGCCCAGCGCCAUGCCUAUCUCACACGGCCUGCCCACCGUUACCCAUCCCCCCCACGCCCCCUCCCCGGGCCAGACAGGCAAACCGGAGGUGGACAGAGAGCAGCACCCCAGCGACCAGUUGUAGCCCGGCCCCACUCCUGUCCAAUCAUGGAACACUCCCUUUCCUUACCCCGCUCCCCAUGAGAGUCUGGAAACAUAAUUGGUUAACAAACAACAGCGACGAAACCAGAGAUUCACAGGACUUGCAUUUCUCUGACCAGUCCAGAAAAGAAGUGACAAUGAAACCUUUGGUUCCUUUAAAGCUGUUUUUUUGUGCAGGAGAACAAUGUCAUGGAUUUGCAAAGAAACAACAGAAGAAAAAGAGAGAGAAACCCCUAAGUAUAAAUUGUAGUUUGUCCCUGUACAGUGGGCUAAUUUUACUGUUUCUGUGUCCUAUGGGCUCCUUGUUAAGCAAGAGUAGUUAAUUAUAUCAUGAAUGUAACCUGUUUGUGUACAGUUUUUAGAACAUAAAAAGGAUUUGUUUGUUUAGCACUGAAAAAGUCAUGUCAAUCCAGGGGAGGCAUUUAACCAACUAACUGAUUUUGAAGACGACUAAACAAAUCUGUUUUUAUAUGUUUCAGUAGGCCCACAAAGAGCCAGUUUUGCGAACCUUCUCAGGAAAUUCAAUUGUGUUCCCUCUUCUUUUCCUCUCUAUACCACAUAGUGCAUUGUUUUUGUACCUGCUUGUCUUUUUAUUUUAAAAUAAUUUGGUAAAGAGUAACACCCCCCCACCCCCACCUCCUACAGCAGAGUUCCAUUGCCUACGUUGGCUCCUUCCUGGUAAAGUG